CGCCGCGAGGGCCGCUUGUCGGUUUAAGAAGGUGGCUCUCGCCGUCUGUCUCUCCAGGAUAGGGAGUCGCAACGGCGAACCAGAAAGCCUCGGUUUCCCGCGGUAAAGCUGUAAGUCGCUACCAGCUGUCUCGGCGUCGUCCGAAGAUAGCCGAGACAAAGAAAACAGUCCACGACCCGACAAACCGUUACCCACGCCUCCUAUCUAAGCUCGGCAGGAGUAAAGAAAGGCACAAGGACUUACAGGAUGGAGAAGGCAGCCGUGCAAGGCGAUGGACUCGUCAUUCCGCUGAUAGACUUUUCCAAAUUCCUCGGCGGGGACGAGAGCCAGAAGCUGGAGACGGCGCAGGCCAUCCUCAAGGGCUUCCAGACGGCCGGCUUCAUCUACCUCAAGAACAUACCCGUCACGGCAGCAACGCGGGCGCACGUGUUCGGCACGUCGACCAAGCUAUUUCGGCUGCCUCUCGAGACGAAGCUAUCGCUUGGAUGGACGACGCCAGAGGCGAACAGAGGCUACUCGGCGCCGGGGCGUGAGAAGGUGACGCAGUUGACGGAUAUCAGCGAGGUAGAGAAGGUGCGGUCGUCGGCGCCCGACAUCAAGGAGAGCUUCGAGAUCGGGCGCGAGGGAGAGCCAGAGCACCCGAACCAGUGGCCAGCGGAGAAGGGCGAGCUGGCGGGGUUCAGGGCGACCAUGACCGGUUUCUUCGAGCAGUGCAAGGCGCUGCACGUCGAGGUGAUGCGGGCUAUCGCGGUGGGCAUGGGGCUAGAGGGUAGCUUCUUCGACGGGUUCGUCGACGUGGGCGACAACACGCUGCGGCUGUUGCACUACCCGGCGGUCAAGAAGGAGGUGUUCCAGAUCAACCCGGGCCAGGUGCGGGCGGGCGAGCACUCCGACUACGGGUCCAUCACGCUGCUCUUCCAGGACUCGCGCGGCGGGCUGCAGGUCAAGAGCCCCAACGGGCAGUUUGUCGACGCAACGCCCAUCGAGGACACGUGCGUGGUCAACGCGGGCGACCUGCUGGCGCGCUGGAGUAAUGAUACUAUCAAGUCCACCAUCCACCGCGUCGUCGAGCCGCCGCAAGGCACCGAGGACGAGCACCCGCCGAGAUACAGCAUCGCCUACUUUUGCAACCCAAACUUCAAGAGCCACAUCGAGGCGCUGCCGGGCACGUAUGCCACCCCCGCCGACAAGAAGUACGACGGCAUCAAUAGCGGCCAGUAUCUAGUGCAGAGGCUGACCGCCACCUACUGACCGUGUUCCGUGUUUGGAUGGAUUGGUAGACUGGAAGAUGUUGCAUUUGUUUUUGUGUAGCCGAAGGUAAGGGUGGGUAGGGUAGGGUGGGCAGAUCGAAUGACUGACUGAAUGACAUGCAUGAUGAUUGAGGACGAUAUACAAAUAUCAUAUAUUUCAUCUAAUUACCGACGGAUAAAUGGUGAUGCUUAUUCCCAACUUGGCUCGUGUAAAAGUCUUCUAGAGGUUGGUUGUACAUCGGGUUUGCAUCACAUGGAUUUGUGAAAAAGGAUGGAGGAAGAGAUUGGAUGACAAUAAAUUGUUGAAGGUUUAAUCCAGC